UUCUCUCCAUCUCGUGCAUACCGGCUGUUUCCUCCCCCCCCUCUUGCUCUCAGUCUGCGUGCUGUAGCCCUGCUGUGCGGUCCUCUCAGUCCUCUGUUGUAGCACCAAAGGGAGGAGGAGCCACCGUCUCACACACACACUUUCACCCACGCAUACUCACACGGACACGCACAGUCAUCUCACAUCAUCUCUUCCACACGCUCACUGUAAGCACCAGCAAAGCCAGUCAGCCAGGCCCGUUUGGAGCAGGGGAGCAGAUUCGUCGCCCAAAAUGGAUGUACUGAUGAAGGGGUUCUCCAUGGCCAAGGAGGGGGUGGUGGCCGCUGCAGAGAAGACCAAAGCUGGCAUGGAGGAGGCAGCAGCCAAGACCAAGGAAGGGGUGAUGUAUGUAGGCAAUAAGACAAAGGAGGGAGUAAACACAGUCGCCAACAGGACCGGCGUGGACCAGGCCAACAUCGUCGGAGACACGGCGGUGGGUGCAGCCAACGAAGUUUCACAAGCAUCCGGAGAGGGGCUCGAGAAUGUCGGCGCGUCGACCGGAAUGGUCAACCAGGGAGAAUAUGGAGGGAUGGAGCAGGGUGGGGAGGGAGGAGAGGGUUAUUAGUCAUCUCCAGGACCUCCCUUACCGUUCUCUCCGACGGCCCCUCGCUCCCCUCGCCUCGCUGUACCAGACUCCAGAUGUCCGACAUAUUUUUUUGUGACUUUACAGAACCAAAAUCAACUCAAACAGACUCUUCCAGAUGCCGCACCUGAGCCCCGCCUUCCUACCUGCACCUACUCUGCCUCACCCUUCGUGAUGCUCCCUCCCAUCACCUAUCCUCUCCCCUUUCUGCAGCCUGUAGCUCUGUUUUCUUUCACUGCCUGUCUCACCCUUGCCUCACCCGUGUGUUAGUGUGGUCCUUGUGUUGUUACCGCCCCCACCCCCCACUUGCCUAACAACCUUUAGGGACUCCUCCCACGCAAACACACAGUGCACGCACAAACACACACACACACACACAAAAAAGUGAUACACCUUCAUUCCACACAUACAUUAAACACACACAUACAGUACAUACAGUUGAAGCCAGCACAGACACACACACUGGGCAACCACAACAAUGACUCACUGUGUGACUGAGGCAGGGUGUGUGAGGGUGUGUGCAAUCUUCUCUUUUUAUGCCUUUUCUCCAUGAUAGCUUAUAUAUAUAUAUAUAUAUAUAUUGAGUGUAUGUGUGUGUGUGUGUGUGUGUGUGCGUGUGUUUGCAUGUGUAGCUGAUGACGUAUAAACUAAAUCUCCAGAGGCGUUAAAGACAGGUCUCAUUCUGUUGUGUGUGUGCAGUAGUUAGUAAGCUACAAUAGCCUGCAUGCACAUGUGUGUGGAAUGACUCGUCUCGUGUUGUAACAAUAGAGUAGCGGCUGUUUUGUGUAGCUUUGUGUAGCUUAGUGUGUGUUUGGCGUCGGCAUUUAUUAGAAACAGGGUUAUAACAGUGUCAUUAACCAGGAAGCAAUACACUGCGCUCAUCUUUCUCAGCCGUUUGAGCAACAAUAUGGUUUGUGUUUAGUGAUGCACGAGAAGGUAAGAGCAGUUGUUCCAUGUGGUGUUAUGCAGUCUUGUACUUUUAAAGAAUGCCUCUGUAACAGUCAAUAUUUUUAGAGUGAGUAAACGGAACAAGUGAGCUUUGCAUUAUCGGGUUAAACAGUCAAUGAAUAUUGCUUUGGUUAGAUUUCAUUGACAGGAGCUCCCCCCCCCUGCAAACAACAAGAUAUUGUUUCCUAAAUUCUGAUUGGCUCAUGGAAAGUCUUCCCCCACCUAGCGUAGAGAGCAUUAAAAAAAUGUCCCGUGCUGUCUUGAGGGAAAACAUGUAAACCUCUGUUACAAAUAAUAAAACUGUAUUUCGAAAUCAAAUAUAGAAUUGAAAUAAUACAAAGAAAAUCAUGCUGGAUCUCUGACGUUAUAUACGUUAAAUACUUCAAAUUACUUUAAAAUGAGGAACAGUAAAUCCUGUAUUUGAAUACAGGAAUGUCAAGGGUUAAUGAGGAAUUAAAACGGUCUCAUAUGGCAUAUGUUUAUGUUUGACAAGAUGAAAUACGUCGUCUUUUUUUUAUUCAAAGCUAUUUGCAUGGAACUUAAAGGGAAAACUAGGUUUCAAAAGCUUAAAUCAAGGAUGAGACGCUUGCAGCUGAUACAGAUACCUCUUGUUAUUGUGUUGUUGCUUUUUAGUCUUUGUGUGCAUGCCACCGAGAGAAACGAGCAGGUUGUUUAGAUUACUGUGAUGAAAAACCUCAAUUCAGUCCGCUUAGAGAGCAGAAUGAAGGUUUAGGUUUCAGCAUAUAUCAGCUUUAUAUGUAGUUCUGUGUCCAGCUUGAAUUCUGGGAUAUGUAGUUGUUUUUUUAAGGGUAGUUGAAUUCACUUUACUUAGUCUGAAGCCUCGCCGUUCUGAAGCUCCCACCUAUCAACUGUGUCAGCCAAUCAGAGGACUUCCUUCUCCUGUCGCAUCUCUCACUGCUUGUCUGCCCGGCAUCAGUGUGUGUGUCUGUAAGCACUUUAUGUGUGUGUUAUAUAUAUAUGUGCGUGGUAACAUAGAACCUGUUAAGCCAGCAAAGUGUGUGUGUGUGUGUGUGUGUUUGUUUGUGUCUGGAUCAGGUUUGUGUGUUUUUACUUUGAGGCCAAUGGAAACUGAUGACUGCAUGUUGCCUUAUCAAGCAAUCUGACAUUCACACACACACACAGACUCUACACGACACCACACUUAAACUUAAACACACACUUCUACACCAAAUCACAAAAUCCCACACAAAGACAAAUCGCACACCAUGUUUAAGUUGGCAUCAAAGCAGAUUUGCUGAUUUUAUAAACAGUACCAGUGAAAUAAAAGAUUUUGUUGAAAUCCAG